AAGACUUGAGACUGAAUCUAAGUCUGUUUGAUCUCUGAAUCUUUUGCACAUGGACUCACCAGAGUUCCUUCUUUUUGUGGGACUAAAGCUCAAACUAAAAUUUUGAAUUGGUGUAGACGUUGAACUCCUGGACGUCUAAAAUCUCUCUGAAUUUCUCAACAAAGAACCUUAAUUUCUCUACUUCCCCAACACUCAUGGAUAGCGGUCCGCUCCUCAACAAGAAGGCCCUCUGCUCCCCUCUGGGUGCAGCUCGCCUCUGUCAGCUCGCAGCUGGCUGUAGUGUGAUUGCGAUGGUGACCCACAGUGCAGGCUUCAGCGGCUCACAGGGUGUGUUCUGUAUGGCGGCUUGGUGCUUCUGCUUUGCCAUGACGGUUUUGGUGUUCUUCCUGGACGCUACUCGUCUCUACAGCUGCCUGCCUGUAUCCUGGGACAACCUGACGGUCACAGGAGCUGCCUUUGCCACGCUCAUGUAUGUGACAGCCUCGGUGGUCUACCCGCUCUUCUUUGUUGAGUCUGAGUGCCCGUACGCUGGCUGUGAAGUCUGGAACUUCCGCAUCGCAGUGAGCGUCUGCUCCAUCCUUGGUACUCUGGCCUAUGGGGCUGAGGUUGCCUUAUGCAGAGCCAGGCCGGGCCAGGCUGUGGUGGGCUACAUGGCCACCGUGUCCGGCCUCCUCAAAGUGGUCCAGGGCUUUGUCGCGUGCAUCAUCUUUGGAGCUCUGGCCAACGGGAGCGAGUACACGCGCUACGCCGCCACUAUCUACUGCGUUGCAGUCUAUGCUUUCUGCUUUGUUCUGACUGCAGUGGUGGUCAUCAUGACCGUGUGCGGGCGGACCAAAGCUGUGCGCUGCCUGUCCUUCGAUCGCUUUGUGGUGGUGUGCACGCUGCUGGAGGUUCUGCUCUACCUGAGUGCUUCAGUGGUGUGGCCCGUGUUCUGCUUUGAUACAAAAUACGGCUCUCCAUGGAGGCCAUCAUCAUGCCCGCGGGGGAAGUGUUCAUGGGAUAGCAAGGUUGUGGUGGCCGUUUUCUCCUUUGUCAACUUUGGACUGUACGUGGCAGACCUGAUCUAUUCCCAGAGGCUACGGUUCGUCACCUCACAUAGGCCUGUAAGUUCUCGAGCGUAGUGCCAUGUGGGAGCAUGCUUUACAUAACUGGCUGUACAGGUUCAAGUUAUCUGCUUCGACUUUUUGUUUUUGCAUAAAUAAAUGUAAAACAGAACGGGGAAUAGAUGGAUAUGAGUCACAGAUCUCAGGCCCAGAACAUUCUUAUGCUGCACACGGUCUUCUGCCCAAGCAUCCAGACGUCCAAAAUUCAGUUUGGAAUGUGAACAAGGAAUCUCCCAUCUGCCACACCCCACCGAGGUGACACCCCAUCUCUUUAGCUCACCCCUGUGCCCUCUGAGAGAUUUCAGGAGACCAGCCAGUCUCACCCAAACAGCCAAAGCUCACCGGUACAUCCUGCCAAACUCUCAUGAACCAAUACACCCGCACUAUUCUUGACCUGUAACAUAUCACACUCAUAGACACACUGACUUGCUGCCAGUAUGUGCGCUCAAAUGAUACAUUACAUUCUUGAAUAUAAAUAGUAGACCUGGCGAUGGCAUCUGUGGCAUCCCAGUCAUCUGCCGAGUCCACACCAGGGAUCGACGGGCAAUACCCAGGCUGCCAAAAAUAAACAAGAACCGUCUGCAGUCAUAUUAAAGCUGUGAGGCAGCGUUCAAAAGGGUACGGAGUCUUUAGAGAGUUUUUAAAACCUCUCUAUGAAAUGCUUCCUUCACUCGGCCUCUGAGAAAGACUCAUCCUCUGCCGUCUCGUCUGCAAAGAUGACCGGCAGUUGGAGCUGCCACUUUUUUUUUACAGUGUGACCGAGGAACAUUCACUCAGGAGAUGCAACACUUGAUCUAUACGUCUUUAAACAACAGUAGCAAUGUCAAUAUAUUUGUUCUUCUCUUUUCUUUCACUGGCAGGUACAUGUGAUGUGUGAUGACAUGGAUUUGAAGUCCAUAGUUUGGCAUGACUUAUAAGCUAUGAUGUGUUAUUUCACCAUGGAUCAAAUAAAUAUAUGGAUGUGAAUGAUGUCACUGAUAUCUGCUCAGAGAAUAAUCACUUUGCAGUUCCUCAUCGUAUGUUAUACUCAAUUGUUUUGGUUGUGACUUGUUUUCAGUACUCGUAUAUGUUUUU